AUGCAAAAACUCGCCAAUAUGCGUCACUGGCCUGAGAGGAUGAGCCCAAACUUUGGCAUGUCGCCGAGACCGAACAUGGGCGUCUCGUCCGUUCUCAACCCCCAUCAGAAGACGGCUGCCUCGGGAGCUUCGCCCUUGAGUCCUUCGCCCGCCGCCGAUUCUACGAUUCACUACGCCUUCAAUGUUCCCUUUGCUUCCGAUCUGGCAGGGCCCAACACGGAAGAGAUUCUGCAUGCCACCGGCGAUUCCGUUGAGCGAUGGACGCAUCCCGGAGACGCCCCCGAUGACGUGCCCGUCUACGACCUUCCAGUCCACGCGCAGAAUGUAACCAACCUCCGCAACAUGUGUGCCGACCUCACCAAAGGACCGUUACCAAUCGAGGCCUAUGUUGUCUCGACCACUCCCAGCCGUGCAAAGUCGCAGGUCACCACCGUCUGUCUUUCAGGCCCACCGGAACUCGUCCACAAAAGCCGUGAAACCAUUUUAAAUGAUACCCCUCUUGCUCUGCGAUGUACCACAGUCGACGUUGAAUACGGUCUUGUGGUGGACACCAAGGCCGGUGUGCUUAUGAAGCAGGUCACAGACGCCCUGGACACCUUUGCAAAGUUCUGCGGAGUUGACAUCUUCAUCCUUGGUCCAAAGCUUACCCCCAUGAUGGAUGUCCUGAAUGGGGAUGUGGAAGUGAUACGCGACCAGAGAUGGAGAGUAGCCAUCUACGGCGAUGCUGAAUCCUCUGAGCAUGCCAAAACCCAGGUGCUGAUCUUUAUUGAUAAGCUGCUUGGUCGUACAGUUGAUGUUAUGCGUAUUGAGAGCUCCAUGCACCCAAUCAUUUGUGGAAGAUCGAGGAAAAACAUCAAGCUCAUUGAAUCGGCCACCAACACUGCCAUCUACUUUCCUCCAUUUGCGCAGCCCUACCGCUACUGCCCACCCAUGGCACAGCGGCGUGAUCCGAAUGAGAUUUAUAUCACAGGAGAGAACCCCCAAGGUAUUGAACUGGCCAAGCGUAAGAUUCAUGAGCUUGUCACACGCACGAAUUUAUUCCUGAAAGAUUCUGUCGCUCCACCAUCAAAGAUUGACAUGGUUCUCCUUGGACGCAUGGAUAAAGUGCGCAAGAUCAUGGAAAGCAAUGGCACAUACGUCAUGUUUCCCCCUCUAGCUUCCCAACGUAACACAAUCCGUGUUCAGGGUGUCGAGGGUCUACAGAUUGAACGCAGCAUGAAGGAUAUCAUGCAUUUGGCUGGUCAAUACUACUUUGCGACUUGGUGGAUCCAGCAACCUAAUGUUUCUCAGCUUCCCAGUCCUCAAGACAUUCGUACAGUACUGGGAGAUAUCUGUGCCAAUUCCGAUGCCGACAUCUCCUUUGACAAGUCGACCUUUACUGUCACGGGCUCUGAUGACGCAGUGAAGGCUGCAUUGCAAGUCUUGGCAACAAUCAAGUUUGUGUAUUCGACGCCGCACCAGAUCAGGGUCAAGAUCGAGCUCGCCAACGAGCACAAGGAGUUUGUUUCCGGAAAGAAGAAUGGAAAAAUCAACAAGAUCAUGACCCAGAGCAACGUACAGAUCAUCUUCGACAGUUUCAGAGAAUACAACUUCGAUAUCGAUGUCAUUGCACCAAACUACGAGGCCAUGAAGCAAGGUCUGGGACUUGUUGAGCAAGAGAUGCCCGCAUCCAUCUCCUUUCACGUGCCCGACCAAUAUCACAAGCGCAUCAUCGGAAUCGGCGGACAACAUAUCCAGCGUAUCAUGAAGAAGCACUCUGUGUUUGUCAAAUUUUCCAAUGCCAUGGAUCGUGGUGGCGUCAAUCGUGAGGACGACGACGUCAAAGUUGACAAUGUCAUCUGCAGAACUCCCGCCCGUAAUGCCCAGAAUCUCGAACUGGUCAAGUCCGAGAUUUUGGACAUGGUGGAUCGUGCUCACUCCGAGUUCACUUCUCAAGUUGUACACGUGGAUCGGCUGUACCACCGUCAGCUCAUCGCCCGCUUGCCUGAAAUCGAAGAACUCGAGAAGAAGUGGAACUGCAAGUUUGUUUUCCCGAGCACUGAACAAGCAAGCGAUGAGGUGACUGUAACCGGACCCGAGUGGCAGGUGCCCCUUUGCGCGGACGAGUUCUUGGGCAUGGUACCUGAAACUCACGAGCUUGUUCUUGUCCGCACACCGGCUUUAGUCAAGUUCCUCGAGUCGCCAGAGUUUGUCAACGAGCUCGUUACCAAAUUGAAGGCUCAGCAUGAAGUCACAGUAGAGGUUCAUGAGAAUCCCGAGGAGAAAACCGAGGAUGGAGGUCGCACCGUAACCUUGAAGUGGAAGCUCACACGCAACAAUACCGGUGGUCUACGUGAUGCAAUUGACUUCCUGCAGAAUCAGUUUGCUAAAGCCAGUGUUGAGCCCACGGUAGUCAAGGGUGCCAUUCCUCGUCCCAAGUCCGAUUCCUUCGAGGAGUCGCUCCAGUACUUUGACUCGAAGCUACUUCAGCAUGCGCCAGCACCAAUGGGAACAGACUCGCCCACCAAGCCAGCAUUUGGUGAGGAGAUUCAAUCUCGCAGCACCACACUGCUCGAGAAGCUUCGCAAGCCAGCUCAGCUUCUUUCUUCCCUGGAUCGCAGAAAGAACAGUUCACACUCUGUGAACACCCUGUUCAAGGGCUCAGCCAAUGUUUCAAAGUCGUCUUUGAUCUCCAUCGAGUCAACCCGAAGCUUCAAUGCUGAUCGAAACCCCUGGAACGAUAGUGGCGUCAAUCUUCCAGACGACGACAACAACCCUUGGUCGAACCGCCACUUUGGCAAUGGCUUCGACACCAAAUUGACGCCUCCCAGCAUUCUGCACAGCGGCGGCGAUAUCACGCCCCGACACGGCCCACGCGGUUCUGGUGACAGUGGCCGGCCUUCCACUUCUCAUUCAACACAUUCUGGAUACCCCGGUCCCAUUGGCGGACCUUUCCGUUAG